AUGGUAGAGGAUAAGAAUAGAGGACCACCAUACUAUGGGGUCCUUGUUUCUGUUAUUGAACUAUUGUAUGGAUCUCGUAUGCCGGUUGUUUUGUUUAAGUGUAGAUGGUUCAAUACUAACCCAAGUGUUCGGAGGAGUACCAGAUUGGAUCAUGGCCUAUUAUCAGUGAAUACACACACAAGCUGGUAUGAAAAUGAGCCAUUUAUUCUUGCAACCAUGGCAAAACAAGUGUUCUAUCUUGAUGAUCCGAAAUUGGGCCGCGGUUGGAAAGUGGUAAACAUGAUGUCACACAGAAAUAUUUUUGAUGCAAGAACACUUGCACAGGGUGUAGAGCAAGAUAUUGAUAAUAUGGCUAUUGAACCAUAUCAAGAGCCUUCUACCUCAGCCAUCCAUGUCACAAACAACAUUUGCAUCAACAACGAGAUACACUUUCAAGCGUCUGAAUACGUUCCUAUAGAGUUUGAUUUCGAUCCUCUACCGUACAUUCCCCGCACAGAAGAAGACUUCAUUAAUGAUGAAGAUGAAAAUGACGAUGAGGAUGAAGAUGAGGAUGAGGACGCCGAUGAGGAUUAUGAAGAAAAUGAUUGA